AUGUUAGCUGUUACUUUUAAUCUUUCUUUUUUAGGCGUUGUUCAUGGCCUUGUACUCUACUCAGCAGGGCGAAGUCAAUUUCCUCCAGGAGUUGCAUUCAUACUUGGCCAAUGCGUAGGCCUGCUCUUCGGUCAUGACUUUCAUCGCUUGUGUUUGUACCUUUGGUGCGCCUACUGGUUCGUAUGGUUUUGUCGCCGAAGAUAUCAUUACAAGCGUCUGUCUCCAGGGCUCCCUCACAGCUUUCUGUUGGGUCAUCUCCUUCUUAUGCGGAACACGAAGUCUAGUUUGCCGGCAGAUAUUCACAUUCAUGUUGUCAUAUCUAUCCUUUCGGAUACCUAUAACAUGCGCCAACAUGGUGUGUUUUAUUUAGAUUUAUAUCCUGUUCAGCUUGAACCUUUCAUGGUAGCAAUUUCACCCGAAGCGAUUCAGCAAGCCACAAUGUACCUUGGCAAGCAUACCCCUGCGUACUCCAGGUACGAGCCAGUUGUCGGCAAGGGCACUAUAAUCUUGUCCAAUGGCUCGUUGUGGAAGGAAACCAGGGCAUUAUUUAACCCCUUUUUCUCUCACUCUCGACUUCAGUCUUUUGUACCUGCCAUGGUUCAAGAAGGUAUGACCCUGAUAACAAAGCUUGAACAUGCGGCAAGUGCGAAUGCCCGGAUUGAUAGCCUAGAGGACAUAUUCUCCGACGCUCUAGCAGAUAUAACCGGUCAGAUUAUUCUGGGCACUUCAUUACAAGCACAAGCAUCUAGUGAAAACUUAAAGACCAAGUUGGCGCAACUGAGCUGUUUGAUAUGUACCAACAGAUUGGCAUCGUAUCUUUCAAAAUACAAUAUCGGCCCAGGGCGUCAAGUUAAUCAAAUGGCUAGAGAAUCAUCCGAACAAGUCAGAAGCUUGAUCUUGCAGAGGCUUUCCCACCUAAGAGCACAUAGAUGUCAAACUGAACAUGGGACUGAACUGAAAAGAAGCAACAUAUCUGUAGUAGAUGCCCUUCUAAGUCAACAUAUAACUAAAGAUGGAAGCCUUUCCGGGAUUCAAGUGGAUGCACUUGUUGAGAAUGUUAAAAACAUAAUAUUUGCCGGAAUCGAUACAAGCUCCUCUGUCCUUACACAUGCUCUGUAUGAACUGUCACACAACGAAAAAAUACUUCAACGUUUAAGACAUGAGCAUACUCAAAUUUUCGGGGAAGACUUAUCUUCGGCGCCCGCUAAUAUGAUCAAAUUUCCCAACAAAUUGAACGAAUUGACUUUCACGUCAGCUGUUCUCAAAGAGACUAUGCGCAAAUACACUCCUGUCGGUUCCACCCGUAUGGGAGAGAGAGGAUACUGCAUUGACUUGAAAUCCACCGGUAAAAAGUUUUCAACAGAAGGUUGUAUGGUCUACCUAGCCGGCCCAGCCCUUCAUCAUGAUUCUGUCUGUUUCCCAAUGCCCAACGAGUUUCAUCCGGAUCGAUUCCUGCCAGAGGGCCGUUCGUCAUUUCCCGCCAUUUCGAAGCACGCAUUCCGACCAUUCGAAAUGGGUCCGCGAGCUUGCCUUGGACAGGACCUUGCCAUGAUGGAGCUGAAAUUAAUGCUAGUGUUGAUAGUCCGCAAGUUUGAUUUCAUACCAGACUAUCAAGGCGUCUCAACCUGUUUAAACGAAGUUCCGGGAUAUGGAGGCCGCGCAUACCAGGCGAUGUUCACAACGGCAAAACCACGGGAUGGAAUGCCGGCCAGGGUCCAAUUAGUACGACCAGUAAAUAGUUGA